AUGGACAUCCUCAGUUCCACUGCGCAGCAACUGACCGACCAGGCCCAACGCCUCUCGGCGAUCACGGGCCUUGUCAAAUCUAGUCCUCGUGACAGAAUAUUCCUCGUCAUGGGCAAGACCGGCUCGGGGAAGAGUAGCUUUGUUGCGAGGUGCACUGACAAGGAUGUCACGGUCGGCCAUGGACUGUAUUCUUGUACGAGUGACAUAGAUGCAUACAGCUAUAUCAUCCCCGGCCAGAACCGAUGCAUCCACCUCAUCGACACCCCCGGUUUCAACGACACGAAUCGCUCCGACAUCGAAACACUAUCCGUCUUAGCGAGCUAUCUCGGCGCGUCCUAUGCAAAUGGCGUGUCUAUCCAUGGCAUAAUUGUCUUGCAUCCUAUUACGGAUAACAGGAUGAGCGGGACCAGCAUGCGCAACGUGGAGAUGAUUAAGAAGAUGUGCGGAUGGACCUCGUAUGAGAAUCUUGUCGUUGCGACGACGAUGUGGCCGCCUCGCUACUCAUUUUCGAACUCUGGCUCCGGCUCUUAUCUAGACACUGAGUCACAAGACCAGGAUCGAGCAGCCUUAGAGAAACGCGAGACGGAGCUCUUCACUGAAGAGCGCUUCCUGGGUGAAUUGGUCGCCAGGGGGGCACGUGUAUUCAGACACAACAAGAACGGCCGACGAGACGCAAACGAAGAGAUGUUCUCAGCUCGCCAAAUAGUAUCGCAUCUAAUCACCGAGUCUGACACUUCUAUGCCUCCCGCUCUCCGUCUCCAGCGCGAGAUCAUCGAAGAAAGGAAGACGCUCGGCGAAACAUCAGCCGGUAUGGCAAUCGCAGGAGACCUCUACAAGGCACGAAAGGAGCACGAGAAGCAACUUCGGGACCUGGAGGAAGACCUAAAAGGCCAACUAGCCCAAGCCGACGCAUCGCACGUCGCAGAGCUCGAGGAUCUCAAAGCCGAUAUCCAGAAAAAGCUGAAGAAGGCCGAAGAAGAGAAAGAGUCGCUUCGAAAGUCGAUGACAGAGCUACACGAAGAGGAAGAAAGAGCUUGGGAGGAGAAGAUACAAACCCUCGACAAACAAUUCAGAGAACAAAUUGCGCAGAAGGAGGAGGAACUGGAAGAGCUGGAGGACUCAAUUCGCGAGAUUCGUGAAGAGACUAUGUCUAUGUCUUCCAGAUGGUCAUUCGAAGCAGAUAAGGAGUAUGAAGGACAUGAGAAUAUUGUCAAGGCUGCAAGAGAAGAAGUAGUACAGGCCAAGGAUGCGCAUGAAAAACUUAAGGCACAAACGGGGAACAUCACGAAUGGACUGGCGAACGGGAUGGCAGCCGGGGUUACAACGGCGAUUGUUACUGGAGGUAUGUUACUCGACUUGCGUUAUUCAAUCUCUAAUAGGCUAAUUGUAGCUAUGGAUAGCCAUGUCUGGGGCUCUUCUAUGUGUGGUCAUGUAGAAUGA